CGCUCCAACCCAAAACAUUGUUCUCAAGUCUGCGUCUGCAGAGGUGUGUCGGUGGGUCCAAGUCCACCGGGGUCGCCGACAAGAUGGCGCUGAAAUCUGCUCUCGUUCUCUUCGCCCUGAGCUCGGUCGCUUGGGGCCAGGAGGGAUACUACUACCCGAGGCCGGGCGGCUCCGACUUCGGCCCCGGCAGCUCCACCACGGCCCGGCCAGGGCUCACCACGCCCACCCCGUUCGCCGACCAGCCCUCGCCCGGCAGGCCCUUCUCCUCGUUCCCGUCCACUUCCGGUGGCGGCAGCUUCCCGUCCACUUCCGGUGGCGGCAGCUUCCCGUCCACUUCCGGCGGUGGCAGCUUCCCGUCCACUUCCGGCGGUGGCAGCUUCCCGUCCACUUCCGGCGGCUUCCCGACCGGCAGCACCGCCGGGCCCGGCUACUCUGGCCAGGGUAGCUUCCCGUCGACCGCCGCUCCCGGUGGCUUCUCUUCGUUCCCCUCCACCCCCAGCCAGGGCGGCUACACCUCCGGCUCCCAGGGCGGCCAGGGCGGCUACCAGUUCCCCUCGACCUCGGCUCCCAACCAGGGCGGCCAGGGCGUCACCGGCUACCAGGGCGGCCAGGGCGGCCAGGGCGUCACGGGCUACCAGUACCCCAGCCAGGGCGGCUUCACCGCCACCACCGCGCGCCCCUCUCCCUUCGGCGGCUUUACCUCGGCGCCGUCCGGCCCUGCUGGCUCUGGCUACCGUCCGGGCACUUCCGGUUUCGUGCAGGCUUCUCCUGUGACUUCCGGCCCGUCCGGCCCGUCCGGCUACCCGCAGAGCGGCGCCGGCUCCACCGGCUUCACGCAGGCGAGUCCUCAGUCCUUCCCCCAGACCGGCUACUCCUCCACCGGCACCACCCCGCGGCCCGGCUUCCCCGGCACGUCCGUGGGCUUCCCCACCACCCCGCGGCCCGGCCAGCAGGGCUUCAGCUCCACCACCCCCUUCCCCGGGCAGCAGGGCUUCAGCAGCACCACCGGCUUCCCCGGCCAGCAGGGCUACAACCAGGGUGGCGUCGGCCCCUACGCCGGCGGCCAGAGCACCUCGUCUCCCUUCGGCGGACCCCAGGGACCCUCUUCUUCUUUCGGUGGUUCUCAAGGUCCGCAGGGUCCCUCGGCUUCCUUCGGCGGCAACCAGGGCCCCAGCGGACCCAGCGCUUCGUUCGGCGGCAACCAGGGCCCCGUCGGUCCCUCUGCUAGCUUCGGCGGCUCCCAGGGUCCCCAGGGUCCUUCGGCUUCUUUCGGCGGUUCUCAGGGUCCUCAGGGACCUUCGGCUUCUUUCGGCGGCAACCAGGGUCCCGUUGGUCCUUCUGCUAGCUUCGGCGGCUCCCAGGGUCCCCAGGGUCCAUCUGCAUCCUUCGGCGGCAACCAGGGUCCUGUUGGACCUACCGCUAGCUUCGGAGGAUCCCAGGGUCCUCAGGGUCCAUCGGCUUCUUUCGGUGGCAACCAGGGUCCCGUCGGUCCCAGUGCUUCUUUCGGCGGCAACCAGGGUCCCGUUGGUCCUUCUGCUAGCUUCGGUGGUUCCCAGGGUCCUCAGGGUCCAUCUGCAUCAUUCGGCGGCAACCAGGGUCCCAGCUCCGCGUUCGGCGGCCAGGCUGGCGGCGUCGGCCCGAGCUCUGCUUUCGGCGGCCAGGGCGGCAAUGUCGGUCCCAGCUCUUCCUUCGGCGGCCAGGGUGGAAGCGUCGGCCCGAGCACCGCGUUCGGCGGCCAGGGCGGCGUCGGCAUUCGCGGACCUUCGUCCGGACCCUCUGGCACUGCUGGCGGCGCUGAGGACGACGGCUCCUACCCCGGCGGUGACUAUUCCGCCAUCCCCGGCGAGCCCGACAGGGACUACCCCAUCUACACCGAGAUCGUCCAGACCGGCUUCAAGUGCAACCAGCAGCAGUACCCCGGCUACUACGCCGACGUCGAGGCCCGCUGCCAGAUCUUCCACGUGUGCCACAACAACCGCACCUACGACUUCCUCUGCCCCAACGGCACCAUCUUCAGCCAGGAGCACCUGGUGUGCGUGUGGUGGUACCAGUUCGACUGCAACACUGCUCCCGACCUCUACUACAAGAACAAGGACGUCUUCACCAACAACAUCGUUGGCUGUGCUGCGUGCGCCCAGGCCCAGGCCGGUCCUCAGGGCUUCCCUGGCUCUUUCGGCCCCUCUGCCUCUUUCCCCGGACAGCAGGGCCCUUCGGGACCCUCCGUUGGCUACUCUGGACAGCAAGGACCCGUUGGCCCAUCUGCCUCCUUCCCUGGACAGCAAGGACCUGUUGGCCCCUCUGCCUCAUUCCCCGGACAGCAAGGACCUGUUGGCCCCUCUGCCUCAUUCCCCGGGCAGCAAGGACCUGUUGGCCCAUCUGCCUCAUUCCCUGGACAGCAAGGACCCGUUGGCCCAUCUGCCUCAUUCCCUGGACAGCAAGGACCCGUUGGCCCAUCUGCCUCAUUCCCUGGACAGCAAGGACCCGUUGGCCCAUCUGCCUCAUUCCCUGGACAGCAAGGACCCGUUGGCCCAUCUGCCUCAUUCCCUGGACAGCAGGGCCCCACUGGUCCUACCGUCAGCUACUACUCGGGGCAGCAGGGACCCGCUGGCCCAUCUGCCUCGUUCCCUGGACAGCAAGGACCCGCUGGCCCAUCUGCCUCAUUCCCCGGACAGCAGGGCCCCUCUGGCCCCUCUGUCGGCUACCCUGGCCAGCAAGGCCCGUCUGGCCCAUCCACCUCCUUCCCCGGACAGCAGGGCCCAGCUGGUCCUGCCGCUUCCUACCCUGGCCAGCAGGGUCCUUCUGGCCCCAGCUUCUCCGGACAGCAGGGUCCCUCUGGUCCCUCUGGCUCCUUCCCUGGACAGCAGACUGGCUCCACUGUCGGCUACUCUGGCUCUUCGUCCUUCCCCGGUCAGCAAGGCCCUAGCACUGCUGGCUUCCCAGGAUCUCAGGGCCAGUUCGGGUCCACCACCGCCUUCCCCGGCUCGUCCAGCAGCGCCUUCGCCGGCCAGGGCGGCCAGGGCGGCCAGGGCUACAGCGGCUCCACGGCGACGUCCUCGUACCCGGGCCAGCAGGGCAGCACGGCGACGUCCGCUUUCCCCGGCCAGUUCGGCUUCCAGGGCUCCACGACCGGCUUCCCGUCCAGCACGGCGCGCCCCGUCGAGUCCGACACGCCCUUCGUGUCGUCCACGCCGUUCCCCGGCUCCACCGCCAGGCCCGGCCUGCCCAGCCUCAACAGGCCCACGCCGCCCAACAGAGAGUACCUGCCGCCGCUCGCCGGCUGAGGAGACAACACGGUUCGCCGCGAACAGAAACAGGGUCCGCUGCGCCGCGCUGGGACCGCCAGCGCCAGCCGCAGCACCAACAAUCGUUACCAUUCUACUGCCACUUCAUCUCAUGUUUAAGCGGGUGGUUCAUGCCAUGGCGUGUCUGUGAUACGUCCCAUCAGUCCAUUUUGUAAGAUAAGUUAUUUAAGUAAGCCACUCCCCGAAGUGGCGGCGCAGAGAGUCGCGUGGGUAAUUUCAAAGACGACGAUGUCCUCAUAGCUCCCGUUCAUCACUGUCAUUCAUUUUUGUACUAUUUAUUUCGGUAUCAGGCUGCGUGAGUGCUAUGCUUCUGUCUGUACUUUGAAAUAUACCACAUGAUU